CCCUCUUCUUUCUCCCUCUCAGAACCUUCCUGCCGCUGUGUUCGGACCUCACUGCUUCAGGCUCCGUGACACGUCCCAUCCUUCCAGCCUGCGACCAGCAGUAUAGGAAAAAAAAAAUUCCCUAUCAUUUUCUUGCCCCGUACACACCUUGAGGCGAGCAAAAAAUUAAAAUAAAUUUUAACAAUGAGGGAAAUCGUGCACAUCCAGGCCGGUCAGUGUGGCAACCAGAUCGGUGCCAAGUUCUGGGAGGUAAUCAGUGAUGAACAUGGCAUUGACCCCACUGGAACCUAUCACGGUGACAGUGACCUGCAACUGGACCGCAUUUCCGUGUACUACAAUGAAGCUACAGGUGGCAAAUAUGUUCCUCGUGCUAUCUUGGUGGAUCUAGAACCAGGGACCAUGGACUCUGUUCGCUCAGGUCCUUUUGGGCAGAUAUUCAGACCAGACAACUUUGUUUUCGGUCAGUCUGGGGCAGGCAACAACUGGGCCAAGGGCCACUACACAGAGGGGGCUGAGCUGGUUGACUCAGUCCUGGACGUGGUGCGGAAGGAGGCUGAGAGCUGUGACUGCCUGCAGGGCUUCCAGCUGACCCACUCACUGGGUGGGGGCACAGGCUCUGGAAUGGGCACCUUGCUCAUCAGCAAGAUCCGAGAAGAGUAUCCCGACCGCAUCAUGAACACCUUCAGUGUGGUACCUUCACCCAAAGUGUCUGACACUGUGGUUGAGCCCUACAAUGCCACCCUCUCCGUCCAUCAGUUGGUAGAGAACACUGAUGAGACCUAUUGCAUUGACAACGAGGCCCUUUACGACAUCUGCUUCCGCACUCUCAAGCUGACCACACCAACCUAUGGGGACCUGAACCACCUUGUCUCAGCCACCAUGAGCGGCGUCACCACCUGCCUCCGCUUCCCUGGUCAGCUCAAUGCAGACCUCCGCAAGCUGGCAGUUAACAUGGUGCCCUUCCCACGUCUCCACUUCUUCAUGCCUGGCUUUGCACCUCUGACCAGCCGUGGAAGCCAGCAGUAUCGGGCCCUUACUGUGCCUGAACUCACCCAGCAGGUCUUCGAUGCCAAGAACAUGAUGGCUGCCUGUGACCCCCGCCAUGGCCGUUACCUCACUGUGGCUGCUGUGUUCCGCGGGCGGAUGUCCAUGAAGGAGGUAGAUGAACAGAUGCUCAAUGUGCAAAACAAGAAUAGCAGCUACUUUGUGGAGUGGAUCCCCAACAAUGUCAAGACGGCUGUCUGUGACAUCCCACCCCGUGGCCUCAAGAUGGCAGUCACCUUCAUCGGAAAUAGCACGGCCAUACAGGAGCUCUUCAAACGCAUCUCAGAGCAAUUCACAGCCAUGUUCCGGCGCAAAGCCUUCCUCCACUGGUAUACAGGUGAGGGCAUGGACGAGAUGGAGUUCACUGAAGCUGAGAGCAACAUGAACGACCUUGUCUCCGAGUACCAACAGUACCAGGACGCCACCGCAGAAGAAGAGGAAGAUUUUGGCGAAGAGGCUGAAGAGGAGGCCUAAGGCAGAGCACCAUCACCUCAGCCUUAGAGAAGGUUCCCUCAACCUUCUUCCUCAACUGCCCCUGUCCUCUUCCUCGGAAUUUGCAUUUUCUGCCUGUCUUUUUUUUUUUUUCCCCUUUUUUGGAGGGGGGUUCCUAGAACAGUGCCUGGCACAUAAUAGGCGCUCAAUAAAUAUUUGUUGUUUGUUGAAUGUCUCCUCUCUUCCACUUUGGGAAAACCUAGACUUCUACCAUUCUGGGUAACCCGGUAUUCCCUUUAGGUGUCUACUUUCAUCUGUCCAGCUGAUAUUUCCCUUUGUUUAAAAUAAUUCUCCAAGAAGCUGCGUCUCAUCAGAUCCCAUUUACAACUAUGUGCUGACCCAGUAGAUGGCCACCAUCCUAAGCCCAGGUGGUAGCCCAAGAGAAAGGAAACCAACCUACCUCAUAGCAGGUAGAGGUACCUAUAAGGAAGGGGUAGGGUUUUCUAUUCCAGAGCAGUUUGGGAGAAGGCUGUACAGGCUAUUGAAGUCCAGGAAUUUCCCUGUUCUCUCAGCUUCAGGGAAGGUGUUAACAGUAUUAUCUCUAUUCUUAUAAUAGUCUCCUUCCAAGCUCUGUCCUGUUUCCUUUGUAGCAGUCUGCCCACUGUUGAGUGGGAUCCUUCCCUCUUCUACAUAACCUUCACAUGUUGGAUUCUUUUUCCCAUGGUUGGAGAAGGAAACCAAAAGGGGGAAAAGGAACUAGCUUUGGUACAGAAGGCCUCUAGGAAGGCCUUCUCCAUCCCCACUUUUUCUUAAAACCCAGCCCUGCCAUGUAGAAGUUGUGUACUGCCAACUAAAUAUUUUGAGUCAUUCCUCCAGAGAAGGCACAAGGAGAACCCUCCAUCUUUUGGUAACAUCUCAUCUCUUUUUGCUAUUCCCUUUGUCCACUUGCCCUUGGUUUUGUCCUGUCCUACACUUCAAAUUUCUAUUUUGUGUUGAACUUGCUUUUUUUCAUAUUGAAAAGAUGACAUUGCCCCAAGAGCCAAAAAUAAAUGAGAAUUGAAAAGUUG